AUAUGUGACACCCCUUAGGCUUCAGUAAUCAGUUUGGCAAGCACGCCUCUCCUUUUUUCUCUUUUUCUCUUUUUUUGCUUAUUCGUCACCUUUUUACGUUUACGUUUAUUUUUACAUUAAUGAUACUUCUUAUAUUUUCCUUACUCGAUAUUUAAUACCUCAUUCAUCAUUAUUUUAUACGCUUCCUUUAUUAAAUUUAUUACUAUUUUAUUUGUUUGUUUGUACGCGCUAGUUUCAGCCAGCAUCAAUUAACGACCCAUCGAUAAAGCCGCAAACGCCUGAGAAAAAAUAAAACAGUCCACGGCUACAUCAGCAAAUUUUACACAGCGCUAACCAGUUUGAUGUCCGAACUCAGAGCAACACCCAGAAAUGCUGUGGGCAUAUUCAACAGCCAGGAGGAACGGAUAGCAACGCUUGAAAAAAUAUUUAAAAUGCGCGUGUACCCUGUCGGUAAAACUGACACGCUCGUAAUUGGUUUGAGCAGCGCAAUUUUUGGGGUUACCUUUAUCUUUAUGGUUAUUGCCUGGUCUAAGUACAAAUACCGUCCCAUCCGCGCUAAGAAUAUGCUAUUGACAACGUGUAUGUUCUUCUCCGGCAUAAUGUGGUUCGUCGGGGACAUUCCAAUGAACGGCCAUGUUCUUCUCGAAGGGCCUUGGCGCCUGUGCAAGUUUUGGAACGUUUGGGUACGAGUGCUUUUCUGCUUCAUUUACACAACGGUGCUGUUCAGUCGGUGCUAUGCUCUUGAUCGCGUGUUCAAUCAGAACAAACCAACCAGUGGCUGGGCGUACUAUGCACCUAGCGUUCUGCUGUUUGCGUUUAUAAUUAUUUACUCGAUAGUAACUCAGGCCAUGCCUGACAAGCUGACGAUUGGAUAUCGGGAGGAUUACGAGUUAUGCACAACGACCGAUGGAUACGUGAUUGUCACGCUCACCAUGCUGUGGGCCAACUGGCUUAUCAUCAUUGCCAUGAUGUACCGUCUGCGCAACAUUCAGUCGACAUUCAACGAGUUUUACGAGUUUUUGUGCAUCAGUUUCUUUGGAAUCGCGGCCAUGGUCAAGACCAAUGUUGUACACUACACACAUGCAAAGUAUCCUUACACUCUCGGAUAUCGCGUGGCUGAGACUAUAGGCGAUGUCAUCAUUAUCAACGGCAUUAUUCUGCUCAUCAUUGGUUACCCGGUAGUCAUGAGCAUCAUCCGGCCCAGGGAGUAUGAGCGCGAGUGGCUGCUGAGACUCAGAACCGAUGGUCUGCAGGACAUGUACGAGGGCAAUUUUAAUGUGCGCACCGAUGGCCCCCUGCAUUACUUAAGAAUGAGUAGUUCGGUUUCAAACCAAGCAGAUAAGGCACUCGAUGAGAGUGCAGCCAAUGGUGAUCAAUCAUUUGUUAUUCAAGGUUUUGGUCAUCCCAUUGAUAAUGGCGAUUCAGCAGGAGUAAACUCAGGCUAUUUCCCAAUUAAAGGCAUGUCAGCCGCCACUCCACAUACUUCUCACAACCACAUUAUGCGUGGGUUUGACAACUCAUCAGUCAAGUCGGUGGAGACAAUCAAUGGCGUAGCAAAGGACAGACAUAUUCUAUAAUUUUCUGGCUAGCUUGUUUGGACACCAAAUACACCAAAAAUUUAAUUGUUUUAUAAUAAAAAUAUUGUAUACUAUAA